AUGAACUCCAAGCGCAAACCUUUUACCAAGCCAAACGAAGCUUCUGCUUCUUCUAGUGGACCGAAAAAGUUCCGCGGAGAAGACGAUGAGGAAGAGUUUGAAAGUUACUUCGAAGCAGAGUUGGCCAAUCUCGAUGACGAUGCGGACACGGCACGUCUAGGUCUAGGACCGGAGAAUGAAAACACUUGUGCCAAGUGGAGUCGUCCGGUACCGGAGCCGCUUGAUCCCACCAAAGAUGCGCUCGUUUUUCAGCAAAUCGAUAUCGAUAACUACAUCGGGCAGCCGAUGGCCGGUAUGCCCGGUGCUCAGAUUGGUCCGAUUCCGAUAAUGCGAAUGUUCGGUGUUACAAUGGAGGGAAAUUCGGUGUGCGCACACGUGCACGGAUUUCUGCCGUACCUGUACGUGGCGGCACCGCGCAGUUUCACCAAAUCGCACUUGCCAGAGUUCCGUGCCGCACUCGACAAAGCUGUCCUGCACGAUAUGCGAUCGAACAAGGAUAAUGUGCAGGAAGCGGUGCUGGACGUGGAGCUGGUCGAACGGCAAUCUAUCAUGGGCUACAACGGUGAGGAUCUGUUCCAGUUCAUACGUGUGACGGUGACACUACCGAAGCUGCUAGCGGCGGUCAAGCGAUUGCUGGAAAGGGAACAGAUGAUGCCGUCGAUGGAUUUUCAGGACUGUCGUGUGUACGAAAGCAACAUCGAUUUCGACAUCCGGUUCAUGGUGGACACUGGAGUGGUCGGAUGCAGUUGGAUCGAAUUACCCGCCGGGAAAUGGAGCUAUCGACACAAAGGAGAUCGUCCGGCACCGGAAACACGCUGCCAGAUUGAGGUGGACGUUGCGUACAGUGCGUUUAUCGCGCACGAACCCGAAGGCGAAUGGGCAAAAGUGGCACCGUUCCGUAUUCUAAGCUUCGAUAUUGAGUGUGCCGGUCGCAAGGGCAUUUUCCCCGAACCGCAGCACGAUCCGGUAAUUCAAAUCGCCAACAUGGUCAUACGACAGGGCGAACAGGAACCGUUCCUGCGCAACGUGUUUACACUGAAUUCAUGCGCACCGAUUGUUGGUGCACAGGUUCUUAGCCACAAAACGGAGCAGGAACUGUUGGAAAAAUGGGCCUGCUUUGUGCGCGAACUUGAUCCCGACAUUCUGACCGGUUACAACAUUAACAAUUUCGAUGUGCCGUACCUGUUGAACCGUGCCAGCCAUCUGAAGGUGAAAGGGUUCGAGUACCUCGGACGCGUCACCAACAUUCGAUCGGUCAUCAAGGACACCGUCAUACAGUCGAAGCAGAUGGGUCGAAGGGAGAACAAGUUCGUCAACUUCGAGGGUCGUGUGCCGUUCGAUUUGCUGUUUGUGCUGCUGCGUGACUACAAACUCCGGUCGUACACGCUGAACGCGGUCAGUUACCAUUUCUUGCAGGAACAGAAGGAGGAUGUGCAUCACAGCAUCAUUACGGAUUUGCAGAAUGAAAGCGACCAAACGCGCCGCCGGUUGGCAAUGUACUGUCUGAAGGAUGCGUAUCUUCCGCUGCGGCUGCUAAACAAGCUGAUGUGCAUCGUGAACUACAUGGAAAUGGCUCGUGUGACGGGUGUCCCACUUGCGUGCCUUUUAACACGCGGUCAACAGAUUAAGGUUAUGAGCCAGCUGCUUCGCAAGUCGAAAGUGGCCGGGUACUUGAUUCCAUCGUAUCAAAGCUCUGGGUCGGAGGAACAGUACGAAGGCGCAACCGUUAUAGAGCCGAAGCGUGGCUACUAUGCCAAUCCGAUUUCCACGCUGGAUUUCGCCUCCCUGUAUCCGAGUAUUAUGAUGGCACACAAUCUCUGCUACACAACCCUCGUACAACCGAACAUGAAGGACAAACUGGGGCUUAGUCCGGAUCAGCUAACGCACACACCCGCAAACAACGUGUUCGUGAAGUCGUCCGUGCGCAAGGGUAUAUUACCGGAAAUUCUUGAAUCUCUCCUGUCGGCUCGAAAGCGGGCCAAAGCCGACCUUAAGGUCGAAACGGAUCCAUUCAAGCGAUCAGUAUUGGAUGGUCGACAGUUGGCGCUAAAAAUUUCGGCCAACUCCGUUUAUGGGUUCACCGGUGCACAGGUGGGAAAGCUACCAUGUCUGGAAAUCUCCGGCUCGGUAACGGCUUACGGGCGAACGAUGAUCGAGCAAACGAAGCAGGAAGUUGAGCAGCGUUACACGGUAGAGAAUGGGUACGAAAACGAUGCGGUCGUAAUUUACGGCGAUACCGAUUCGGUGAUGGUUAACUUCGGCGUCAAGACACUUGAGCGUAGCAUGGAGCUGGGCAAAGAAGCGGCCGAUUACGUCAGUGCGAAGUUCGUUAAACCGAUCAAGCUGGAGUUCGAGAAGGUUUACUACCCUUACCUGCUGAUCAACAAGAAACGCUACGCUGGGCUUUACUUUACGCGCCCCGAUAAGUACGAUAAGAUGGAUUGCAAAGGUAUCGAAACGGUACGGCGAGACAAUUCGCCGCUUGUGGCGAACCUGAUGAACAACUGCCUCCAGAAGCUACUGAUCGAGCGCAAUCCGGACGGUGCUAUCGAGUACGCGAAGCAAACGAUCUCCGAUCUGCUCUGCAACCGGAUCGACAUCUCACAGCUGGUCAUUACGAAGGAGCUCGCCAAAAGCGAUUACGCCGCGAAGCAGGCGCACGUUGAGCUGGCGAACAAAAUGAAGAAGCGCGAUCCCGGCAACGCACCCAAGCUGGGCGAUCGGGUACCGUACGUGCUCAUCGCUGCUGCCAAAAACACACCCGCCUACAUGAAAGCGGAAGAUCCGAUCUAUGUGCUCGAGAACUGUAUACCGAUCGAUGCAAACUACUACCUGGAGAACCAACUGUCGAAACCGUUGCUGCGUAUUUUUGAGCCAAUAUUGGGCGAAAAGGCGGAAUCGAUUCUGCUGCGCGGCGAUCACACCCGCACCCGGUCCGUGGUCACGUCGAAGGUGGGUGCAUUGGCAGCAUUCACCAAAAAGCGUGAUGCUUGCCUGGGAUGUAAGGCACUGUUGGCGGUUGGACAGGAGGGUCGCGCACUCUGUCAGCACUGUGCACCGAACGAAGCGACGCUCUUUCAGACGGAACUGGCAGCGCAACGUACGCUCGAGGACAGGUUUUGCCGCCUGUGGACGGAAUGUCAGCGGUGCCAGGGUUCGCUGCAUGAGGAGGUCAUCUGCACCAGUCGCGACUGUCCGAUCUUUUACAUGCGCACGAAGAUCAAGAUGGAGCUGGAAACGCAAGAGAAGCGUGUGGCACGGUUCGGUGUGCCGGCAUGGUAA